AUGUGCUGCCUGUUGCCGCCCGUUGCUGCGUGUGCAUGUGCUGCCCGCUGCUGCCUGCUGCUGCCCGAGCCUGUGCUGCCCGUUGCCGCCCGUUGCUGCCUGUGCUUGUGCUGCCCGUUGCCGCCCAUUGCUGCCCGUGCCUGUGCUGCCCGUUGCCGCCCGUUGCUGCCCGUGCCUGUGCUGCCUGUUGCCGCCCGUUGCUGCCCGUGCCUGUGCUGCCUGUUGCUGCCCGUGCCUGUGCUGCCUGUUGCCGCCCGUUGCUGCCUGUGCCUGUGCUGCCCGUUGCUGCCUGUUGCUGCCCGUGCCUGUGCUGCCCGUUGCUACCUGUUGCUGCCUGUGUCUGUGCUGCCCGUUGCCGCCCGUUGCUGCCCGUGCCUGUGCUGCCCGUUGUCGCCCGUUGCUGCCCGUGCCUGUGCUGUCUGUUGCCGCCCAUUGCUGCCCGUGCCUGUGCUGCCUGUUGCUGCCCGUGCCUGUGCUGCCUGUUGCCGCCCGUUGCUGCCUGUGCCUGUGCUGCGCGUUGCCGCCCGUUGCUGCCCGUGCCUGUGCUGCCUGUUGCUGCCUGUUGCUGCCCGUGCCUGUGCUGCCCGUUGCCGCCAGUUGCUGCCCGUGCCUGUGCUGCCCGUUGCCGCCCGUUGCUGCCCGUGCCUCUGCCGCUGGGGGGGGGGGGGGGGUGGGUGUGAGGGUGUGGGGGAGCUGGGGGAGAGGUGCUAG